ACUGAACACAGCGUCAAAAUAUUCAUAAUGCAAAUGUAGCAAUUAUAUUAGCGUCACUUCAAUAUAGAUACGUAACCUCUCGCCCUCUCAGAACACCACUGUCGGAUCUCAAAUGCCCCGAUCAAAUAUAGAAAUCGGACUACAGCGUGGUGCCAGGGCCUCGUUGCUGCUCUGUGCCGCCAGCAGCUUGACGACCCGGCUGCUGGGGCCAUCAUGGAAAACCCUCGCUGCGACGACAGUGGCCACGCUAUCGGUUGGCUUUGCGCUGUCUAGGCCGCAAUGCCGCACCGUGGACUCGAUAGCAGCAGCACAUGCCCUCUUCGUUUUCCUCGUCACGUCCGUCGUUUUAUCCAGAUGGGACGCUCUCACCACGCUCUUUGCAAUCUUCACCGCGACGCAUGUUCUCUUGUCUAUAGGAGAGUACUUUCAGGGAAACCAAGUGCUGUCGAGAUGGAAUCAGGGACUCUUUCGGUACAUUGGAGGCUUCAUCACCUUUUUCGGCACAAAGUUGAAAAGUGCCAAGCAAGUCCGGCAGUGGUGGCUCAGAACACCCGCAGUGAUCCUGGCUGGUGUGCCGUUCUUCAUGGCAAUUUCUGCCCUGGCGACUUGGAACAUGAUGCAGGAGUUGCCAUACGCGGACUGGCCUUGGUUCCGUGGAGUGGUUCGAGAGCAGCGCUUGCGCGCGAGAUCCUGGACAAGCUGGCGUUAUAGAGCGCCAGCCUAUGUCCACUCACCCAUCACAAAAGGGUUUCAAGGGAGGAUCAGGCUAUUGAAGCUGCGGCCACGCUGGCCACUGGGCGAGAUACGAUGCGAGCUUGUCGAAGCAGAUAUGGGCACCACGUCAUGUCCAGAUUACGAGGCGAUUUCGUAUCACUGGGGACCAGGCAAACCUACCGAGCCAAUUUACAUCGACGGUAAAGUUUUCCAUGUAUCACCCACCGUUCUGGCUGCUCUCUAUCAGCUUAGCAGCUACCACCAAACGCGCCAUCUCUGGAUCGACUCCAUCUGCAUCAACCAGCGCGACACGGAUGAGAAGGGUUCUCAGAUCACCCUAAUGCGGGACAUAUAUCGCCACGCCCGGGGUGUGACUGUCUGGCUGGAUGGGAUACCAGAGCCCUGGGAGGCUCGCAAGAUGCUUGCCGGUUUGUGGCACGAAAUCAAGUUUGGAACGACCCAGAGCGUGACAGCUAUGUUGCGCAUGUACUCGGAGCAGUGGCGCGACUCAGGCUGGGACCAGCUGUGUGCCGUCUUCUGUCAUCCCUGGUUCUUCCGGAUCUGGGUGAUCCAGGAAGUAUCUUCGGCUGUUGACCCGGAGGCCGUCACCAUUCUCACAUCAACGACGACGCUUAACUGGUCCAAUAUGGUGUUUGUCGCCGAUAGUUUGAACUCUUUGCCUUUGAACAUUGCUAUGCAGACCACGGUUGUGGCACCCGAGGCUCUGAAGCUCCCGUUGGGGCUGCUGCAUGCUGUCUUUAUGGGCUACCUCGGGACCGCGGACCCACAAAGCGCCUCGAGGCGGCUCCCGGCUCUGCUGGGCAUGGUGGAAAGCUACGGUGCCACGGAGCCGCUGGAUUUUGUAUAUGCCUUGCUGGGGCUCUUGGAUCCUGAAGACCCCGUUCACGGCUGGCUGAAGCCAGAUUAUAGCAAGAGUGUGGAAGACGUAUUCGCUACGGUCGCGCGGGGCCUGAUUAUGACUUUGGACCAAGGCAAGAGCUGCAACGAAGUAUUGUCGUACGCCGGAAUCGGGUACACGAACAAGCUUGGGGCUGGGUUGCCGAGCUGGGCUCCAGACUUGACAAGCCAGGGCACGCGGGCGGGGACUUGGACGUACCAGCAACACUUUAACCGCCCCUCACAUGCAUGUCAGUUCAACGCGUCAGGCGGAUCGGCUCUUGAUGUAUUCUUCCCGAGCCCCAAGGUGAUGCGCAUGCGAGGCAUCCGGUUCGACCGCAUCGCCCACGUCGGACCAAUGCUGAAAUAUAUUGAGCACUACGGCCCAGAGGUAGACGAGGUGACUUCGACAGCCGAUAUGCUCAUAAACCACUUCCGGUGCCGCAUCUUGGUACUAUCCAAGGCACAAAGGCCGUAUCCCACUGGCCAGAAUCUGCAAGACGUCUUCUGGCGUUCCUGCGUCGGGGACACGCAGUUUGUGCGUCCCGCGCCGGAUUCUCUCGGGACAGCAUGCCGGGUUUGGGAGGUGAUGAUGAUGCGCUACUUGUCCACCGAGGCAGCUCAGGGCAACAGGAUCGCCGUGGAGGCGCUGGAGAAGCUUCAGGAUGUAAUGCAGGGAUUGCAUGGUGACGAAGAGGAGACUGGGGUAGGUGUUGUGCUGCAGCUGCUCGAGCUGAUAACUUCAAACAUGGCGGUUACGAAGGAUGAACUAAUGCGGACGGCAAUGGAGUGGAAUGGGGCGAGGAUGAUGUGCUGUGCUGGACGGGUAUUAUGCGUGACUGAGGACGGGUGGGUAACUUUCUGCCCGCCGGAGACGCUUGUCGGCGACGUGGUUUGCGUUUUCCAUGGUGUCGGGACGCCUUUCCUGCUGCGACAGAGCUCAGAUACCGAUUCAGUAACGAUGGAGCUGGUGGGCGAAGCGUACGUCCACGGGGCUAUGGAUGGAGAGGGUGCUUGCCGCAGCGAACCUGAAGUUUUCACUAUUGUCUGACCCCGGUCAGAAUAGAAAAUCGCGCAUCUCGUGGGGAUUAGAGUUCAGGAACAGUCCAGUUGAGCAGGAGAAAAGAGCGAGUAACUUGAACUGCCGAAAAUCCAAACUUGUCUUGCGAA